UUUGAGCAAUAAAAGAUAUUGCUCCUCCCUCCGUCUCUGUGAAGUGCAGCGGUGUCCGGGACAAACAGCUCACUGAGGCGGACUGUCCAGCUCAGUCAUAAAGAGGCUCCAACCUGUUGCUCACUGACGGGACGAGAUGGGAGUCUUCAUGUCUAAAUCAUUGGAUGAAAGCCUAAAGAAACAGCAAGAAUUCAUGGCAGCAAACAGUGCUCUUCAGCUGGAAAGGCAAAUGCUGAUGCAAAAUGAAAUGAGACAGAGACAAGUCGCAAUGCAGAUCGCAUGGUCCCGUGAAUUUAUAAAGUACUUCGGAACCUUUUUGGGACUGUCAACAAUUGGUUUAACAAUAGGAGCUUUGAAGAAGAAGAGACCAGGCAUUCUGGUUCCCAUUGUUCCACUGAGCUUCAUUUUUGCCUAUCAAUGUGAUCUGGCAUAUGGAACAUUAAUGAUAAGGAUGAAAGAUGAGGCAGAGAAUAUAAUUGAUACGGAGCAAACCCUCCUUGAGAUGCCAAAGGGAGUGCCAACCUUUGAAAGCAUUGAAAUGGCCAGAAGGGCUCGGAGUAUGUUUUUCAUCCAAAAAUAGAUUUUGAGUAUAAAAAUAGUGAAUCUGUCAAUCUAAACCUCAGAUCAAAAGGGAAGAAUGUAUCAGUAGCAGCUCAUUAUACUUGUAUGGAUCUUUUUAAUCAAAUGGCAUGUACAGUUGUAACCUUUAAUAAAAUUGUCCAUUAUUGAAUAAA